AGCAUAUAAUACAAUAAUUAAGUUUAGUAUUUAUUAUGGAUACUUUGGUAUGGAUGGAUGUUGCAUUACAAAAAGCUGAGGAAUCUUUAAAAGCUGGUGAAGUCCCUGUUGGUUGUUUAUUUAUAUAUAACAACCAAAUAAUUGCGACAAGCAAUAAUACAGUAAAUGAAACUUGUAAUGCAACACGUCAUGCCGAGAUAAAUUGCAUCGACCAAGUCUUAAAGUUCUGUAAGGAGAAAUGCAUGGAUUACAAAAUGGUGUUUCGUAAUCUAGAUGUAAUUGUCACGGUAGAACCAUGCAUAAUGUGUAUGUCAGCAUUACUUCAACUACAAGUACGCAGUAUUGUAUAUGGCUGUGCGAACGAUCGAUUUGGUGGUUGUAUCAGUGUUCUCGAAGUACCAAAGUUUUACGAUUCAAAAAUAAUUAUACAGGGAAAUGUAAAAGGAGAAGAAGCCAUGAGAUUGCUCCAAAAUUUUUAUAAAGGUGUCAAUCCAAAUGCGCCUGAAUCAAAAGUUAAAAAAGGUCGUAACACUAAAGGAACUUCGUCGACAUAG